AUGUUAGUAGAACAAGGCAAGACUUAUCUACUACGCAUAAUCAAUGCAGGAGUGGAUGAAAUUAUGUUCUUUGCCAUAGCUCAACACAAUAUCACAGUUGUAGGUGUAGAUGCAAGCUACAUCAAGCCAUUACCAAGAGAUUAUAUAGUGAUACCCCCAGGUCAGACAAUUGAUGCUUUGCUAGAGGCAAACCAAUCUCCUAAUCAAUAUUACAUGGCUGCAAGAGCUUAUUCAAGUGGCCAAGGAGUCGUAUUUGAUAACACAACAACCACUGCAAUUCUCCAAUACUCUGCUCAUCAAUACACCCCAUCUUCAUUCCCUUCCCUCCCUUAUCUACCCUUUUACAAUGACACAGCAGCAUCAGUGUCCUUCACAGGUGCUCUUAGGAGCUUAGCAAGUAAAGACCAUCCAGCCAAGGUCCCAUUAAUGGUGGACACUCAAUUGAUCAGUACAAUCUCUGUUAACACAUUCCCAUGCCGUAGCAUCAACAACAGUACAUGUCAAGGACCCAAUGGGACAAGGUUUGCAGCAAGUAUGAACAACAUUACUUACAGGAACCCAUCAGUUUCCAUAUUACAAGCAUACUACAAAGACAUGAUCAAGGUGUUUGGUGAAUCUUUCCCAAACCAACCGCCUUUGAUCUACAAUUUUACAGGGGACUUCUUGCCACAACAGCUACAAACACCGAUGCGGGGUACUGAAGUAAAGCUACUGGAUUAUAAUUCAGCUAUGGAAAUUGUUUUGCAAGGAACAAACUUGGUUGCAGGGGAAGACCAUCCAAUGCAUCUCCAUGGACAUAGCUUUUGUUUAGUUGGAUGGGGAUUUGGGAAUUUCGACAAGAACAAGGAUCCAUUGCGGUAUAACCUCAUUGAUCCUCCUCUCCAAAACACUGGUUUAGUCCCGAAGAAGGGUUGGAUUGCAAUCAGAUUCAGAGCAGAUAACCCUGCAUUUCCAUUAUCUGUGUUUGUUGUUGUAGUAGCAACAAUGUUGGUGAUUUUGGUGAUUGAUUUCAGGGGUUUGGUUCAUGCAUUGCCAUUUGGAGCGUCACCUUACAUGGGGAAUGGAUACUGUGCUCAUAACAAAGAAUGGUUGGAGAUUAGCAAUAAAUGUAACUUCACUAUGAGUGAAUACCUUUGGAGAAGUCUUGCAUUGUUUUGCUGUUCAGUUCUGUUUUACAGAGUUGUAACUUAA